GUCACCAACUUUGACGUUACCGGGGCUUGCAAAAAAUACAGCGCUGUGAGGCACUGCCAAGACAGACUCCGUGUACACGUGGCCGGGUACAUAGGCCUACUGUGGGCGCCAUUGUCUUCGCACCGACUAAACGAAAUCGUGACGGAGAAAUUCCUCGCACACAAGCGUCAGCUGCUUCUCGGAGAUUGACAAACAGAAGCUGAUUACACGUGGUAGAGCGAAAAUGGCAACAGGAUCAGCAGUGACUCCAGCUCUAGAGACGAUCAGCAGACAUCAUCUCGAAUGCCCCAUUUGUAGUGAGAGAUUCCAACGACCCAAGAUACUGGACUGUCUGCAUAGUUUCUGUGAGCAAUGUCUGCUGACAUACUGCAACACGAAGCACCAGGGCUGUACAGAGAUUCCUUGCCCCGUGUGUCAACGAGAGACACAACUUCAGGAGGCAGGGGUUGGAGGCAUGAAAACUAACUUUUAUCUGAUCGGUCUGGUUGAGGAGAUUGAACUGCAGGAGAAGUUGGUAUGUUCGAGUGAGACGAAGCUGUUGUGUGAUGUUUGUGAAGAGGACAACGAGGUGACGCAUCGCUGCGUGGACUGUGAACAGAACAUCUGCUCACUUUGCUGCAAACUACAUCUACGAUUUGCUGUCUCACAAGGCCACACGAUAUCUACUCUGGAAGACAUUCGCGAAAGGGAGAUAUCAAUAAAAAACAAAUCUGCAGAAACUCAUCCGACAUGCACGACCCACGAGGGUGAAGUGACGCGAUUCUUCUGCACAACUUGUGAGAUGCUUAUCUGUCGAGACUGUACUGUGAUAGACCACUGUAAACCAUAUCACACACACACUGAUACAAAAGAGGCAUCAUCGACUUACAAAACGUCAGUGACUGACUUGUUCUCUCACCUCGAGGAGACCUUGAAACAAGUCCACGAAUCUUCUGAGUUAGUGUCAGUAAUGAGACAAGACCUUGAUAUUAAAGCUGAGACAGCUAUUUCAGAAGUACAGGGCAGGACAAUAGAGAUUAGAGCAUGGGCCACGGCUCAAGAAACUCGCAUCAUUGAUAACAUCACAAGCAUCCAAAAAGAUCGUUUGGAAAAGCUGUCAGAAUAUGAGAAAGCGAUGAGUUUGGCAUCCGAGAGAAUACAGCAUUCAUUGGAGACAGCAAGAGAGGUGACAAGGACGGCAGCGGAUAGUGAGUUCCUCUCACUCUACGCAACAAUCAACAAAGACUUGAAAUUGUUGGCUGGUCAAACUAUUCCCAGAGUUGACAAGAGGCUUGGAUUUCUGAAGUUCAAGCCGAGUGAGGGGGUACUUGGUGACAUCAGUCUGGGCAAGGUGGUGACGGAAGGGAAGUGGGAGCAGCGAUGUAUGUUUGGUAGCAAGGGAAGCGGUCCAGGAGAGUUGGAUGGGGCUAUGGGCAUUUGUGCUCGUCAGCCUGACGAGGUUGCAGUGGGUGACGACUGGAACAAACGUGUUGUGAUCUACAGCAUAGAUGGUGACCUGAAAAGUACAAUCCAAAUGGAUGGAUACCCACGUGGCAUUACAGCUACACGCACUGACAAUCGCCUGGUGGUAGUGGAGGAGGGCGCAUCCCACGUCAUGCACGUGAAAGUCUUUGACAAGGACAACACGCUGGCUUUCCAGUUCCCCACAGUGCCACCGAGUGAGGUCGGUAAGACCGCAGUGGACCUUCACCGUUUAGCAAUCAAGGCAGAUGGGACCAUUGUGGUUGGUGACACAAAGAGGAUGGUCCUGACCGAGCACAGCCCCACUGAUGGGGAACUUAGAAGCACCAUCCCAGUCAAGAUUAAACCCCACUUUCUGGCUGUUGAAUGCAGCGGUCGGUUCGUCAUCAGCGACUGUUCAAAGACAGUGGGUCUUGUUGAUGGGAAUGGUGAAUCACUGUUCACCAUCAAACCUACCAUCGAUGGUGAGGUAGCUGAAUGCUGUUCUGGUGUGUGCGCAGAUAGCACAGGCAUCUAUGUUGCAAUGCAUAAUGGUAAUUACACCGGUCAUGUCCACCACUAUGACCCUCAAGGCGGCUUUCUCCACUGUAUCGCACAGGGUCUGUUCCACCCCAAGGGAAUCACAUUCACAGCAGAUGGGCAACUGGCCAUAGCCGACUACUACUCAGUGAAGAUGUACAUGUUACAAGAGGUGUGAUAUGGAAAUAGACUCAAAUAAGUAUGGUAAUUUCCCAUCUAAAACAUUUCUAUUGAUUGAUAAAAAUGGAAAGAAACAUAUUUAUCGUUUAUUAGAACUUGCUCUUUGGGACCAAUUUACUGAUUGUGAUGACUUUGAUGCCAGUUGAGAGGGUUUUCUGGACCCGUUUCAGGCAGCUUCUAGAGAUUCAAUUCCUCGUAAAAUCCCUCCAAAUAAGAAACAUGUUCCUUGGAUAUCUCGUGACAUUAAACGACCGAUUCUAAAGAAACGUAGGUUCUUCACUAGUGCGAAACGUACCAACAAACUUACUCAUUAAUGGAGCAGCUACAAGAAGAUCCGUAAGUAGUUGUAAAUAGUAUCAAAGUAUAGGCCUAUCAAACAGGCUGUUCUCAUUGCCACAUAAUAAGAAACGAUUUUUUUUUGCUUAUGUUCGAUCUAAAAAUCGUAAUUCACGCCCCCACGUGUGUUGGGGACAGUGUAAUCAGUGAUCCAGUUUUAAUUGCCAGCAUUUCUCACAGUUUUUCCAGUCAGUUCGUUUCACCGACGCGUCGGUCUGUCUACCUGAGUCACCAGUGCAUUGUAAAUUACGCAUCCCAGCUUUUUACGUACGAUAGAGGUCCCUCGGGGAGAGAUUUUUCAACACCUCGGCAAUCUUAACGAUCGUAAAUCUGCUGGCCCUGAUGGGCUAACCCAACUCUAUUGAGGAAGUCUGCUGAGGUUAUCUCGCCCAUCUUGGAAAGCAUUGAACGCUUGCUCAAAACAAAAACAGCUUCCAAAGCCAGUUCUCAAACCUGGUGACCGAUCUGUUGUUUUCAAUUAUCGUCCCAUAGCCUUGACCUCUAUAGUGUGAACAUGUAAGGUAAUGGAAUCAAUAGUGGUUGGAUCCAUACAAAAUGACCUCCAGGAUAAUCACUAGAUGACCCCAGUCUAGCGAGAGUCCUCUAAAGGGAAAUCCUUCGUGACUCAACCAAUGCAUGUCGUCUAUGAUUGGUCAUCUACAAAUGCUGUUCUUUGUGAUUUUUGAGGGCUUUUGACAUUCUUGCGCAUGACACCUUGUUAUACAAGUUGUCAAGUCUUUUUAAUAAUCACAGGACAUGCAUGGCACUGGAUUAAAUCUUCCCUGCAGGGUCAUAAUAUGCGGGUCCGGUUUCAGGGUCAUUACUCUGAUUGGUCUGUACUAACGUCUCGCGUUCCCCAAUGGAGUGUAUUGGGCCCAUUGUUGUUCAACAUAUUUAUUAACGAUUUCCUAGAUUGCUUAAUUUUUUUAACCCUGUGAAUUGUUUGCAGCUUACAUUGCUUGUAUCGUCCUAUUUGCUCAUCCUCCGACGAGAUGAUCCUCCAAAGAGAUUUAGAAUAGAUAGAAUGUUUGAAUGGUGCCAAUAAAUCAAAUGAAACUUAAUCACAUUUAAACAAAAGUGGUUAGAUUUAAAAAGACGAAGAGGGAUGCGAACACGCAAUAUAUUCUACACUCUGGUCCACUGCAGGUUUUUAAUGAAAUAAAGUACCUCAGUGUGUUCUUAAUAUAACCGAAUAACCUGGAAAAGAUACUUGAUUUUAUAUAACAGGU